ACAUUGUUGUGGACAUACUUUUUCGGCGUUUGCAACGUGCGAUCGAUGUAAUCUGAUUCAGAAUCAAAGUCAUCCUCCUCGAUGCACUUUCGUUUACGACCUCGGUACAUUGAAUGCACGGCAUUGUUUGACAUAGAUGCAAUUCUACUCGCGUAACUUCCCAUUUUGCUGUGGCCUCUUUAAUACAUAUAGGAAAUUUCAAAUUCGAACCUCAAUGAAUAUCCAAGAAUUCUCGACAUUGUCUUUUAACACGGAGAACCGUAAAAGGCUCGCCACUAUGUUCAGUGUACACAGAAGACGGUUUCACAUGUAAGUGGCCCUGUAGAAAUCUUCAGCAUAUGUACCUAACGCCUACAUGGAAUAUAUAAAACAUGUAAACAUAUGACGUAACAAAAGAUGUGACGCCAUGUCGGUUGAAGGGAAAUACUGUGCACACUAUUUGUGGGCAGAAUGCUUACUUGAGCCUCGUCCAAUUGGACUCCUCUGCUCAAGCAGGUGAAAGUUUCCAAUACGUGUUAACCAUGAAAGUACAUAAGAGAAGACGCUAUAAGCAGAUUUUUGGGUCAGUAUAGCAGUUCGUUUAAGCUGUAAAAAUCUACAAGCUAUUCAGUUAUACAGUAGAAUUUAAGGUUCCUUUUGACAUUAUGGCUACAGCUGAAGCAGUAGUUAGUAAAGAGAAAAGUAAUUUUUUGGCAGCAUAUCACAUUUUGAAAUUUUCUCAAACUGACAAAGAUGACACAGAAGUUGCAGAUCUUGAACGUAGAUGUCUUGCUACAAAGUAUUUGACUGCAAAACAAUUUGAAUCUGAAGAUAUGGCAGCAUGUUUACUUCGAAGAGGUUUGGAAAGUUAUCAAACUCUAAUGGAGAACAAAAAUGGUAUUAACAAUUAUUGGAAACAGUUUAAGGUACAGGCACCUAAAAUCAGUAAUAAUCCACAAAAAUGGAAAUCUGGAUUAAAUGAUAUACAGACAGCACUUGAUUGUGUGAAACCUUUACCUUGUCAAAAUGACAAUACAAUGUUGUGUAAUGGGAGGAUAUUCAAUGAUAGACAUAUAGAAAUUAUAGUAAAUACCUGGAAAAAUAAAGAAUUCUUGGUACGAAAUAGGAAAGUUAGUGCACCCACUAAAUUUAACCUUAGUUCUAGUAUGAAUGUUGACAAUAGAAGCAGACUAGAUGAUAAUAGUCAAUACGAUGUAGAACGAACUUCAUUCUCAUCAAGUAAUUCUGCAGAAGAAAAUAAUGCUACCCAAGUAACUUAUAAAAGACAAGAAUCUAAGUCUUGUUCAAUAAAUCAGGAAGUACAAAACUUUGCACCUCAUCAACGAUCCAAGUUUGAACUUAAAACACAAUCUAAAUUUGUAAGAGAAAACACUUAUAAUGCAUCCAAGAAUAAUUAUGAACAGCCAGGUACUUACAAGAACAAUGUAAAAUCAAAAUCACAUGCUUUUGUUCGGAAUGAUAAAAAAGAUUCUGAAGUAUGUAAAUCUAAAGUAAACUGCUUCAAAACAGCUAGGGAUGAAUUAACAGUACAGCAGAUGAAAGCCAAUAAGCCAGGGCAGAAAAAGACCUUAGGCGGUAAAGCAACUGUUAAUUCCCAAUUUGUAUGUCCUUUCAAAAAAGAAAAAGAAAAGGCGAUGCAAUCUCAUGAUAACAUGUAUAACAAUGAUGCUGAGACAAUGGAGGUGGAGGAUGAAAGAUUGAAGAACAUAGAACCAAAAAUGAUUGAAUUGAUAAGAAAUGAAAUAAUGGACUCUAAAACUACCAUUUCUUGGGAUGAUAUUGCUGGCUUACAAUAUGCGAAAAAAAUCAUUAAAGAAGUAGUUGUAUAUCCUAUGUUGAGGCCUGAUAUCUUUACUGGUUUACGUAGACCCCCCAAAGGAAUUUUGUUGUUUGGACCUCCAGGUACUGGCAAAACACUUAUAGGAAAAUGUAUAGCAUCUCAAAGUAAGUCAACAUUCUUUUCAAUUUCUGCAAGCUCAUUGACUUCAAAGUGGAUAGGGGAAGGGGAGAAAAUGGUCAGAGCAUUGUUUGCUGUUGCCAGAGUUUAUCAGCCAUCAGUUAUCUUUGUGGACGAAAUAGAUUCUUUGCUCACUCAAAGAUCUGAAACCGAACAUGAAAGCUCUAGAAGACUGAAAACUGAAUUUUUGGUACAAUUAGAUGGAGCUGCCACCGCAGACGAGGAUCGUAUUUUAAUUGUCGGAGCGACGAAUAGACCUCAUGAAUUGGAUGAGGCAGCUCGUAGACGGCUCGUUAAACGACUCUAUGUUCCUCUGCCAGAAUUUCAAGCUCGUAAACAAAUCAUAAAUAACUUACUAAUAACAGUUCCUCACAAUCUCACGGAAGAAGAAGUUAAUGAUGUGGCUGAACAAUCAAAAGGAUAUUCCGGAGCGGAUAUGUCUAAUUUAUGUAAGGAAGCUAGCAUGGGACCAAUAAGAAGUAUUCCAUUUAGUCAAUUAGAAAAUAUUAGGAAAGAAGAUGUUAGACAAAUAACGGUCGAUGAUUUCAAAGAAGCAUUAAUUUAUGUACGUCCAAGUGUAUCCGAAUCUAGUUUAACAGCCUAUGUUGAAUGGGACGCUAUAUAUGGAAGUGGAACUGCGCAAAAUUAUAAAGUGUAAUGAAGACUCAAUUUUGUCAGUAUUUUAUAUAUCAAACUAUAUUUUUGUAAUACAAAUUUUUAUAAUAAAUAUAUUUAUAAAUGUU